UCCAAUAAAUUUCAUUCGAAAUCAAGCUGCCUCGCCAUAUACAUUUUUUUUCUCGAUCAGGCGCCUUAGUUUUCCUUCCAUUCUCCCCUCAUAUCAGAUUCUGCAAUGGCCAGUGCCCAGUGCUAUUCGGUUCAUGAUUUCGUUGUCAAGGAUGCUAAAGGCAAUGAUGUCGACCUUAGCCAGUACAAGGGAAAGGUUCUGCUGAUCGUCAAUGUUGCAUCUCAAUGUGGCCUGACGAAUAAAAAUUACACAGAGUUGUCAGAGCUGUACGAGCAGUACAGGGGAUCAGGUUUCGAGAUUCUGGCUUUUCCCUGUAAUCAAUUUGCAGGGCAGGAGCCCGGGACUACUGAACAAAUUGCAAAUUUUGUUUGCACCAAAUUCAAAGCUGAAUAUCCAGUAUUCGACAAGAUUCAUGUUAAUGGUUCAAGUGCAUCUCCACUGUACAAGUUCCUGAAGUCUAGCAAACAUGGAACUUUCGGGGACAAUAUCAAGUGGAAUUUCACCAAGUUCUUGGUGGAUAGAGAGGGAAAUGUAGUCAAUCGCUUUUCUCCAACAACUGCUCCUCAUAAACUUGAGAAGGACAUAAAGAAACUGUUGGAUGAAGCUUAAGUUCUGGAGUUCAAUUCUGCUGCUCCAAGUCACCAUGUACUAUUUGUCUAUUAUAAAGAUUCGCGUUUAUAGUAACUGAUGUAUUGUAGUAUUAAUUUGUUUAGUCACUGACAUUACGCCUUAAGUAAUGUAACAGUUGUUCCUGUGUAUGAUUUAUGUUAUCAAGAGUUCA